GCGAGUUUUAAAAGCGCUCCGAGCGGGUUGUUUAAUUUUGAAAAUCUGCGUAAUAUCUUCGAAAGAUGAAAAGUGCCAAUGUUUUUUCGAUUGUGUUCCUCUGCGUGACCUUACCGUGCCUGUCCUUCGAACUGUACCUCACAGACGAGAAAAUCGAAUGCAAACCCACGGGAAUCCAAUGCACGGGCGACUCCUCCUUCACCACUUGCUCGAGUUUGGAUAAUUUAUCUGUACUCAGCAACAUCGUGCUGCAUUGCCCCGAUACCUACUUCUGCGACGAUUCCACCGAUCACCCGUGCGUCCUAGUCAAGCCUACCACAGAACUACCUACUACUACCGCAUCGCCAACAACCCGCAAACCACCUGUGCCGAGACCAACGGGCCCACCGACUUGCGAAGCGGCCGGGCUCCAUCCGGCUCCUGCUUGCAAUCAGUAUUACGAAUGCGUGGAGAAGAAGGCCUACGUAUUCUGGACCUACUACGAGCCGGAGUUGAGAACCUGCGCUGCCGGAGGAUAUUUCGAUACCGGCAAUAAGAAGUGUCUGGAUGCCGAAUUGAGCGAUUGUCCCGAGCCGACAACCGCGUAAACUAGUUGAACUCAUUGGCAGUAUGUGUAUAGUAGAGUUAAAAUAGUUUGGUAAUGAUGUCACCGGUUUUAAAUAAAAUUGUCCAAACAAGGUUUCUACUUCUAUUUUAACAAUACUAAAGGCAAUGAGAGAAUUGG